AAAUUUGCAAGUUCUUGAUCUUUGUUGGGUUAUGGAAAAUGACAAGAAUACCCUUAGUGUUAGGAGGAGGGAUGAAUAAUAUAACUUUGCCCUGGUCAAGCAAUCAUUUCAAAGCGAAAGUAAAAAGGGAAAACGUAAAGGGCAGAGGAGGGGAGCCCUUCUUCUUCUUCUUCUUCUUCUUCUUCUUCGUGAAGAAGCUGCCGAUUUUGUGAAAAAAGGAAACGACUUUAUUGUAACCCAAAGAAGAGUCAUCUUAGGUGUUAUCAUUGAAAGUCUCGAGCUUGCAGAUCUAUUGGAGCUCCUAGGUCAAUCAAUGGGAGCAGUGGCUGUGUGGCUGAUAUGAUGCGGAGGGUUUACGUGAGGAAGAGGAACAGGGGAGAAGAGAAGGAGAAGGAAGGGAAAGAGGAAGAAUUAAAGCGAGCAGUUGAGUAAGUCGUUUGAGUAUGGAUUGUACUUGGGCCUUGAAUAUAUAAGAGGACCCAAGGAGAAUAAUGGGGGCAGUUAGUUGGUUGGCCUUGGGCUGGAUCUAGAGAGUUUGUAAUUGGCUUAGACUCCAUUAUGAGGAGCUAAGAGAGGGUGGUUGGGCGGAUCUUAUUCAAUAUACUUCUCAGUUCUAACAAAUUGGUGACGGUGAGCGUUCUGGAGAACGGAACUUCGCGAGAUCGGGGAUGAAGAACACGAGACAAACCAGCGAGAAUCAAUCGGAUCAUCCGUUGACGAUGGAGUCACUCGCGAUGACGUUACGCGAUCAUACGUCGUCGCAGGUUGAUACGAAUCGGCGAUUCGCUGAGUCGUUUCAUGAGUUAGAGAAGAAUGCGAAGGCGAUGGAAUCGCGAAUCGAAGAGACGCUGGAGGCGAAGAUCGAAGCAUGUUACCAGAAGAUGUGCGAUCGAUUGGAGAAGAAACUUUCAAAAUCGAUUGAUGUUUCCGAUGAAUCGCCCCCACCGUAUCGUCAUCCUAACUAUCAGGUACAUAAUUCCACCUUGGAACCUGGCCGUAGUAGUAGGAAUGAGGAUGCGAAUGAUCGAACCACUAUAGUUGGUAGUCGCGAGCGAAUGUUGAAACGUGUGGAAUUGCCUGUGUUUGAUGGUGUGGAUGCGUAUGCUUGGUUUGCACUAGCUGAACGUUUUUUCAGGAUUGGCGGUUACGAUGACAGAGCUAAGCUGGAGGUAGUUUCAGUGAGUUUAGCAGGUGACGUUCUGAGCUGGUUCAAUAGUGAAAUGCAUCGAAGAGGUUUUCGAAGUUGGAUUGAGUUUAAACAGAAGCUGGUGUCGCGGUUUAGUAAAGAGAAGUUCAGAGAUCCCAGUCAGCCGUUCUUUGCAGUCAAGCAGACGGGAACGGCAGCUCAGUAUAUCCACGCCUUUGAAGAUCUUUCUACACAAGUAACUGGCUUGACAGAUACACAACUGGAGGGAAUUUUUAUGAAUGGCCUGAAACCGGAGAUGAGGGAAGUAGUUAAUAUGUGCAAACCAGUGGAUUUGGAUGAGAUGAUUUCGUCAACGUAUCAAAUGGAGGACAGUGUGCUCUAUAAAGUAGUUUGUCGAGAGAGACAAGCAGAGAAGAAAGACAGUUUCAAGGCAGCGUCGACAAAAUCAUACGCGUCUUCCAAGGGCAGUUCAGGGUGGACUUUUAAACCUCAACAACCGAAACAGAACGAGAUUGGAGGGCAGAAACCGCAGCUACGUUUGACUGAAGCUCAGAUAGCUGAAAAGAAGCGUUUGGGGCUCUGUUUUACGUGUGAUGACAAGUGGUCAAGGCAACAUGUGUGUCCCAAUCGAGCUCUUCAGGUUUUGACGGUUAUAAAUGGCAUUGAAAUGGAGAUUUUGGAUCAGUCAUUGAUUGAAGUUGAGGAAGAGGUUGAAGACACGGAAGCAUCAAUGAUGGAACUAUCCUUGAAUUCUUUUCUGGGAUUAUCUUCUUCCCGCACUACCAAGCUGCGUGGGGUUAUGAAGGCAACUUCGUUGGUGGUGAUGAUUGACAGUGGAGCCACUCAUAAUUUCAUAUCACCAGCUGCAGCAAAGAUGAAUAAACUCAUUAUCACACAAAAUCCAAACUUGAGUGUGCUAUUGGGAACAGGAAUCUCGGUCAAUGGCUCGGGGAUUUGUAAAAACGUGGAACUCAGGUUACCGUCUAUGAAGUUCCAAGCUGAUUUCAUUGUACUGGAGUUGGGAAACGCUGAUGUCAUAUUGGGCGUCCAGUGGCUGCGAACUUUGGGCAAAUGUUUGGUGGAUUGGGAACGCAAUGAAUGGUCUUUCACUUACCACGGAGUGCCAGUAACCUUAGUUGGUGAUCCAACACUACACGAACAACGGGUUUCCAUCAAAACGUUUGCGGUAAAUGUUUCAGAGAGCAAAACAGUUCCAGAGAUAGAAUUGAAAACAGUGGAUGGAUCAAAAGUUUCCGAGGACGAGUUACCGCUGAUGAUUGCUCAGAAAUUACAAGAAUAUGAGGAGGUAUUUCAGAAACCAGUGGGUUUACCUCCGGUCAGGGGUAGAGAACAUGCGAUUGUGCUGCAGGACAAUUCGAAACCUGUAAGUGUGAGGCCUUAUAGGUAUCCUCAGGCACAUAAGGAGGUCAUGGAGAAGAUGGUUAAGGAGAUGAUGGAGGAAGGGUUGAUUCGGCCAAGUCAGAGUCCCUUCUCAAGUCCUGUCUUAUUGGUGAAAAAGAAGGAUAAUUCACACAGAUUUUGUGUGGAUUAUAGAGCUUUGAAUAGAGCGACGGUUCCAGACAAAUAUCCAAUUCCGAUGAUUGACCAAUUGUUGGAUGAAUUGCAUGGAGCUACGGUUUUUUCGAAGCUGGAUCUUAGAGCCGGGUAUCAUCAGAUAAGGAUGCAGGAGCAAGAUGUCGCAAAGACUGCUUUCCGGACACAUGAUGGUCACUUUGAAUUCCUAGUAAUGCCUUUCGGGCUUACUAAUGCCCCGGCCACGUUCCAAGCGCUGAUGAAUGAUAUAUUCAGAAGUUUCUUGAGGAAGUUUGUGCUAGUGUUUUUUGAUGAUAUUCUCAUCUAUAGUACAAGCAUGGAGGAGCAUGUGAAGCAUUUGAGUUUGGUCUUGGAUGUGUUUGUGGAGCAAAAACUUUUUGCUAACAGAAAGAAGUGUGCAUUUGCUCAAGGAAGAGUCGAGUAUUUGGGACAUGUGAUUACACGUGAUGGUGUCUCAACAGACAAUCAGAAGAUAGCAGCAGUGCAGCAGUGGCCCUCCCCAACAACAGUGAAAGCGUUGAGAGGAUUUUUGGGAUUAACGGGCUACUAUAGGAAGUUUGUGCAAUACUAUGGUUCUAUUGCGAGACCUCUCACAGAGUUACUGAAGAAGGAGCAAUUUAUGUGGUCUGAGUUAACACAGAGUGCGUUUGCUAAGUUGAAACACGCAAUGAUAACAGCUCCGGUGUUAGCAUUACCAGAUUUUUCACAGAUGUUCGUAGUGGAAUCAGACGCGUCUGGUUUUGGUCUUGGGGCAGUAUUGAUGCAGAACCAGCACCCUAUUGCUUACUUCAGUAAAGGAUUGACGGCUAAGGAGCAACAGAAGCCGAUAUAUGAAAGAGAGCUAAUGGCUAUUGUGCUGGCAAUUCAGAAAUGGCGCCAUUAUCUCUUGGGUAGACGGUUUGUUGUCAGAACGGAUCAACAGAGCCUUAAGUAUCUCCUUGAGCAGCGGGAGAUAACCUUGGAUUAUCAGCGUUGGUUAACGAGGAUCUUGGGUUAUGAGUUUGAUAUUGAGUAUAAGGUUGGAAGUGAAAAUAAGGUGGCAGAUGGUCUUUCUAGAAUUGAGUAUUCAGGGAUUGAGAGAGUGCAGAUCGACUUGAUGGCUUUAACAGUUCCGUCGUCUUUACAGCUGCAAGAAUUGUACAGAGAAGUGGAGGAAAAUAGAGAGAUUCAGGAGACGAUACGAAAAGUGUUGGAUAAGGAGGCAGUGAAGAAUGGCUUUACAGUGGUCAAUGGUCGUCUGUUCUAUAAGAACGCCAUGGUCAUACCUGCAGACUCGUCACAGAUAUCUCUCAUUCUUCAAGAAUGCCAUGACAGUCUGAUGGGAGGGCAUGCAGGUGUUUUACGAACUCUGCAGCGGGUUCGAGCUAUCUUCUAUUGGUCAAAGAUGAGAAAAAGAAUACAGGAGUAUGUGGCAGCGUGUACAGUGUGUCAGACACACAAGACUUCUACUCUAUCUCCUGCGGGCUUGCUGCAACCAAUCGACAUUCCAGUUCGUAUAUGGGAGGAUGUUGCGAUGGAUUUUAUCGAAGGAUUGCCAACAUCACAAGGAGUGAACGUCAUUCUGGUGGUAGUGGAUCGCCUCAGUAAAUAUGGCCAUUUCAUGGUUCUGAAACAUCCUUUUACCGCUGUUGACGUCGCUGACAAGUUUACAAAAGAGGUUAUUCGUUUGCAUGGGUUUCCAAAAUCAAUCAUCUCGGAUCGUGACAGGAUUUUCCUUAGCAAGUUCUGGAAGGAGUGCUUUCGUUUAUCAGGCACACGAUUGCGUUUUAGCACAGCGUUUCACCCCCAAUCCGAUGGCCAAACGGAGGUGUUAAACAGAUGCUUGGAGACUUACUUACGCUGUUUUGCCUCCACUCACCCUAAGACUUGGUCAAAGUUUCUCUUAUGGGCAGAACUAUGGUAUAAUACAGCGUAUCAUACGGCCUUGAAGUGUACUCCGUUCAAACUCGUGUACGGCAGAGACCCUCCACAGUUGGUAGCGCAUGAGGCUGGGUCGUCAUUGAACUUUGAGGUUGAGGCUGCGUUUCAGGAGCGAGAUCGUUUGUUAGAGACUAUUAAAGAUAAUCUCGUGAGAGCACAGGAAUUGAUGAAGAACAAUGCGGAUAAGCAUCGACGUGAUUUGGAGUUCGAAGUUGGCUCAAUGGUUUUUCUGAAGCUGAGACCUUAUCGUCAACAUUCAGUGAGUAGGAGAUUGUUUCAGAAACUGGCAGCAAGGUAUUAUGGGCCGUUCGAAGUUGUGGCACGAGUGGGCAAGGUGGCUUAUAAAUUGAAGUUGCCAGAGUCUUCACGCAUUCACCCGGUUUUCCAUGUGUCACAGCUUAAACCGGUGAUUGGUGACGCUACGGUUGUUACAGAGCUUCCACCGGUGUUGGAUGGAACUGAUGAAGUGCGUAUUGAACCAGAAGAUAUUUUGGAUACUCGUUAUGAUGAGGAGGGAUAUUUGGAAGUGUUGGUCAGGUGGAGUCAUCUUCCUACGCAUGAGACAUCUUGGUUGCGCGCUAGAGAAGUUAAACAUCAGUUUCCUUCGUUUUCACUUGAGGACAAGCUGAAACUCGUGAACGGGGGUAUUGAUAUGAUGCGGAGGGUUUACGUGAGGAAGAGGAACAGGGGAGAAGAGAAGGAGAAGGAAGGGAAAGAGGAAGAAUUAAAGCGAGCAGUUGAGUAAGUCGUUUGAGUAUGGAUUGUACUUGGGCCUUGAAUAUAUAAGAGGACCCAAGGAGAAUAAUGGGGGCAGUUAGUUGGUUGGCCUUGGGCUGGAUCUAGAGAGUUUGUAAUUGGCUUAGACUCCAUUAUGAGGAGCUAAGAGAGGGUGGUUGGGCGGAUCUUAUUCAAUAUACUUCUCAGUUCUAA